AUUUUUCUACCACAGUAAUUUGGUGCAACAAAAGGUAGAUUUAUAAAAUUAGUGGUGAGUUUUGAGGAUAAUGGAGCCUACCCUAUAUUGGAAUCUGAUUGAUGCCAUGCCACAGCCAAGUUAGUCUGAAUAACUGCUCAUCACUGACACAUUCAGCUACCUAUGUGACUAUGUCCCUCCUUUUCUCUCUCUAAUACCUUCCCUACACUUUCAAACUCAAUAAUAAAUGGGGAAACUUUGAAUUGAAAACGUGGCAACCAAACUUAGUAGUAGUAGUAGUAGUAGAACAAGAACCAAGCAUCAUGGGUCAAGGUCUUAGUUGCAGAGGUAGUCAUGAACAUGGUCUCUUUCGUGCUGUCCAACAUGGUGACCUUCAAACUGUUUCUACUUUGUUAAAGACACAUCCUUCUCUUAUUCAUCGUACUACUGUUUAUGACCACCAUUCUCCUCUUCAUAUUGCUGCUGCCAAUGGUCAGAUCCAGGUUUUAUCUAGACUUUUAGAUGGAUCUGCAAAUCCAGAUGUGUUGAAUCGCCAAAAGCAGACUCCACUUAUGUUGGCAGCAAUGCAUGGGAAAAUUGAUUGUGUGGAAAAGCUACUUGAAGCUGGUGCUAAUGUAUUGAUGUUUGAUGUGUGUCAUGGAAGAACCUGUUUGCAUUAUGCUGCUUAUUAUGGUCAUUCUUCUUGUCUUAAAGCAAUACUUUCUGCUGCUCAAUCUAGUCCUGUGGCUGCUUCUUGGGGGUUUUCACGGUUUGUGAAUAUUAGAGAUGGUAGGGGCGCUACACCGUUGCAUUUGGCAGCUCGUCAAAGACGAUCUGAAUGCGUGCAUACUUUGUUGUGUAGUGGAGCUCUUGUUUGUGCUUCAACUAGCAGAUAUGGCUGUCCCGGGAGCACUCCUCUUCAUCUAGCUGCUAAAGGAGGUUCUCUAGAUUGUAUCCGUGAACUAUUGGCAUGGGGUGCAGAUCGUCUUCAACGUGAUGCAUCUGGUCGGAUACCGUAUGUGGUUGCUCUGAAACACAAACACGGAGCAUGUGCAGCACUGUUAAAUAUUGCAUCUGCACAACCUCUUGUGUGGCCAUCAGCUUUGAAGAUAAUCAGUGAGCUUAAUCCGGAGGCCAAAUUAUUAUUAGAACAGGCCUUGAUGGACGCGAAUAAGGAAAGGGAGAAAAAUAUAUUGAAAGGCAGUCCUUACUCUCUUCCAUCUCCAGCACACUCUGAUCAGAUGGAUGACAAUAUCUCUGAGGUUAGUGAGACGGAAUUAUGCUGCAUCUGCUUCGAGCAGGUGUGUACAAUUGAAGUCCAGGACUGUGGCCACCAAAUGUGUGCACAAUGCACACUAACACUCUGUUGUCACAACAAGCCAAACACAUCAACUUCUCAUCCUACCCCACCCGUUUGUCCAUUCUGUCGAAGCACCAUAUCUAAACUGAUGGUUAUCAAGAUAGAAACUCACGAAGACAUCUAUCAAGACGGUACCACCGAUACCACUUGUUUUAAGCCAAGCAAGUCAAGAAAAUUCCGUAACAUGAACGAGGGUAGCAGCAGCAGUUUCAAGGGACUAUCUAAUGUAAAUUCAUUCGGAAAAAUGAGCGGCCGUAGUUCCGGUAUGAUUGCUUCCGAAAAUGAAUGUAUUGAUGAUAAGCCACAAUGAUGAUGCUGUCUGUUACUUGGUGAAGUGUUUUUGCUGAUGAGUGAAUGAUAAUUGCUUGAUAAGCAAGGUAAAAUGAAAAUAUAAAAAAGAAGAAUUCAAUGUGCAAUAUUGAGAACUAAGCAAAGUGUGCAUCAUCAUGAUGACAUAUUGUAAAUUGUAAUGUCAUUGAUGGUAUACUAAGUCCAUUAAAAUUGAGAAAAUUCUUUUUUCUCAUUAAGGUCUAAAAAAGACCAUAAAGAAAAUGUAUUGUGUAUUAUUUAUUUGCUUCUGAAUGUAACAACAAAAUGAGCAAUAAAAUAUGAAAGGGAAAGACAUGGCCUAUUGGUUGGUGUCAUGUGAUUAUGUCUA